AUGUUUUCUGGGCUUUCAGUGAGGCAGACAUCUAAAAAUGUACAGCAGGAAAAGGCUAGUGAUUAGGUUUCUCCAUAAUUAAAAUAUGGAGGCUUUCGAAUUUCGAUGAGUUCUGACCGAAAUUCUUCUCUUGAAUAUUUUAAUUUGAGGUUUGGCUUCAUUUCGUGAAGUUAUCCUUACUGAGCUAGGGAAUCAAGGCGUUCGCUUUUUCUAUCGGACUCCUGACAUUAGAGGAUUAUGUAUUCCCUCCUCAGGAUCCGAGACUGAUAUCUUUAAGGUUCUGGAGGACCCAAGUAGGCUGCUUGAGCUCAUGGAGAGGUGUUAAAGUCAAAUCUUGAAGGCUAGCAUCCUCAUUAUGAGCACGAUAAAAGUGCAGGAAAAUAGCGCAAGUGCUUCAGUGAAGCUUUGUGGAUAGCUCUAGCUGCACCGCUAUCAGAUAGUGUACCUUAAACGUGCUAGAUUAGUUAAGAUUAAGAUUAUGUUCCUCCACAGUUGCCUAUGCCGGCUUCUAAGCCGCCUAUGAUGUCUGACGAUAUAACUUCAAAUCUAAGGCAAAAUUCUCAAGGUUUUCCAUUUCAAGGUGGACUUUCUCAUAGCGACACUUUUAAUAAUGCUUCUGAUAGAGGAGGAUUCACGAUGAAUUCUUCAACAAGUGAUCCUUUUGCAAGCUUAGAAAUACCUAAAACAGAACCAGCUGUAAAACAUGAAGAGCUCAAAAAAAUUUCACAUGAAAAAUCUAGAAGUGUGAGUGAAAACAAAUUAGAUAAAGAAGAGGCAAUUGGGACAAAUUUUAAAUCCACAAAGCAAUUUACAGAUUAUCCUGAUGAUAAAGAAGAAACAUCAUUUUUCGCGAAAUCAAGAAAAAUGAGACUUGGAGAGUCAGAAACUGAAGAAAGCGCUGGAAGCGAAACAAGAUCAGUAAAUUCAGAAGAUGUGAGUGGAUAUUUUAAAGAAAAGAAAGAAACUCCAGAAGAUUCCCCUAACUAUUCCCUUUAAUAGUGAGCAAAAAUUUUUUAUAUAGAAUUUUUAUAUAUAACCAUUUGAAAUAUUUGAUAAAAAAUAUCAUUUUAUAUAAGAUUUUUCUUUGCCUAUUGACUUUUUAAAAAUAAUUUUUUUAUAUUAAUUUAAUAUAAAAUAUAUUUUAAAAAAAAAAUUAAACCUUAAAGCAGAAAGAAUCAAACUUUCUCUUGAAGGAAGGAAGGAGGAGCAAGCCUCUUUUUUUGAAUCUCAAAGAGAAAAGACAAGAAAAUUCUGAGGAAUCAUCAAGGGGUUUUUAUUUACCUCCCAAAGAAAAGAAAGAAAAUACAGAAGAGCAGGCUAAGCCAUUUUUCUUGCCAGCCAAAGAGAAGAAGUCAGAUGCCAUUGAAGAAAUCUCCAAGCCUUUUUCCUUACCAAGUAAAGAAGAAAAAUCAGAAGAAAAGGGGUUUAAAUUGCCAAAAGACGAAGAAGUCGUCUAUAAAGAUAAAAAGCUAGAAACACCAUUUUCUCUGCCUCAAAAAGAGAAAAAGCAGGAAGGAUUCAAAGAGAAGAGGACUGAAUCUUCACAAGAAAAUAGUUUCAAAAAAAUGAUUGAAGACAAAAAGCGAAAAGAACAAGAAGAAAAAUUGAACAAAGCCAAAGAAGAGCAAUUAAAGCAGGAAAAGGAAAGAAAAGAAAGAGAAAUUUAUGAAAAUCCCGAAACCUUAAAAGAAAUGAUAAAGAGCACCAUUCAGGAAUUCUCUAAUCAAAUUAAAGAAAAAACAAAGGAGCAAGAAAGAAUUAAAGAGCAGAGCAUUCAGCUGGCACAAGAGAUAUUAGAUGCGGAGGAAAAGAUAAAAAAGCUUGAAGAGGCUGAAGACAUAGCUGCAGCUAACGAUGAUUUUGAAACUGCAGACAGCUAUCACCAAGAAAUCGGUGAGCUUAGAUCUUUAAUAGAGUCAAACCACUCCAAGUUAAACGAAAAUUCAAACUUAUACUCAGAAUUGGAAACAUCCAAAACAGAAAUUUAUAAAUCCCAAGAUGCAUGAAUCAAUGCAACUAAUGAAGCAAGCGUAAAGUAUCGCACUGAGUUUGAAAAACUCUUAAAGAAAAAUAAAGAAGACUUCGAGAUCCACUCAAAAGAAACCCAAGAAAGCUUCCAGCAAGAAGGAGAGUAUCUGAGUGAACAAGAGAAAAUUCUCGAAAGCAGUGAAGUAGAUGCCAAAGAAAGUUAUGAAGCUUUGCAAAGUAAAAUCAAUGAAAAAACCCAAUCACUUAAAGAUGAAAAAAGUACAUUAGAAUCUGAGCUCUCUUCGUUAGACUCUGAGAUUGAAGAACUUCAAAGAAUUCUCAAAGAAAAAAUCCAGAAGUCAAUGGAACUUCGUCAAAGCUUAUCCAUUGCAGAGUCAAAGCUGUAUGAAAGCAUGCAGGAAUUUGAAGAUGAGCUAUCAUCUAGCCAAGAAAUACAACAAAAAAUUUCAAGUGAACUACAAGAAAUCAAAAAUUCCCAAGAAAGCCUAUCAAGCAGAAAAGUUGCAUUUUCAGCUGAAACUGAGUCACAGACCAAGAAAUUCGAAGAGCAAAGCAGUCAACUAGAUCAUAUCAAGACUUAUGCUUAUAGAAAAGUCCACUGUUAGGAGCCCUAAGCCCUUAUUCCAUUCAAUAAUGCUACAUUACUUGCUCGCCAGUCUGCACACCACCUUGCACUAUGUUCCUUCUUCUAGACAAGUUUCUACACUCUCUCUUAAGCCAGAGAUUUGUGUCACCAUGCCUCGGGUCAACAGGGGUUAACUUAUAUAACAAUUAAAAUGGUCGAAUUUAUUGCCAGAAGAUGUCAAAAAUGAAAACUUGAUACCCUGAUUUAGUACUUAGUAUCGCACUAGAUAAGUGCCCCAAUUGGCAAAGAAAUAUCCUCUGGCACUGCUGCUGGGAGGACCAUUUCCAAUUUCGUGUUCCAUUUUCCAUAAGGAGACCUACCUCAGGAUUGAAUUUUGGCUGAGAAGUUAUAUCAUUGCUGAUUCACCUGCCACAGUAAUACAUAGACAGUUACACACAGUUGGCACCUCCUCUCUACCUCAACGUCUCCUCAUCAGUACGGCCCAUGCUACAGGAGUUAAGAGGUCAAGCCUAUUCGCCGCAUCAUUUUAAUGCAUAUUAGUCGCUAGAAUCACUAGAAGACUGUGCAUCUCUAUUAAAAUCUGAAAAAGAUAGACUUGAUGAGCUAAUUCUUGCUAGAGAAGAGUGCUUAAAAGAAAUUUCUGAAAGUGAAAAACAAGUCCAAGAAAAGGAAAAAGUUUUAAAAGAUGCUCAAGAGUAUUAUAAUGUAAAUAAGCAGCAAACUGAGUCGCUGAGAGAAAUCGUACGUCAAGAAGAAGAUAAAAUCAGAGAAAUUAGUAACAAAAUCCCAGGCUUAGAAGCAGAAAAGAAAACAGCUGCGGCGAGCAAACAAUUCAAAGAAGCAGCAAGGCUAGCAAAUGAAAUAAAGGAUUUAUUAGCAGAGCAGUCACAAAAGGAUGCGAAAUUAGAAGAGCUAAGGAAAAGGUUGAUGGAAGAAUUGGACAAUUUAAGAACAGUAAAUUAUAUUUAGAUUGAAAAAACUGAAGAGGAAAUUAGGACUGAUUUGAUAAAGCAGCACGCACAGUUAGAAGCGGCUAACUCCCCCCCUCCGUGAGUGAACAAAACCAUUAGAAAAAUCGCUAUUUUUUGCCCAAAAACCCACCCUCCGUGAGUGAACAACAAUUUUUUAAUAGUAAAAUUUUUUAUGGAAAAAAAAUUGAUAUAUAAAUGAUAAUUAGUAUAAUGAAAUCUAGAGCUAAUUCUGUUUAAUUUUGAACAAAUUGCUUUUUAAAACAUAAAAUUUUAUAAAUUAAAUUAAUAUUUGCUUUCCAAUUUUUGCGAAUUAGGAUUUUUUUAAAUUUCGAAAAAAAUAUUGUUUAUAAAAUUUAUAUAUAAAUUUGUUUAAAAAAAAAAAUUAACCCCCCUCCGUGAGUGAACAAAAUUUUUUUGUUCACUCACGGAGGGGGAGGGGGGGGGAGUAAGGAAAAAUUAUUGCAUUCAGAUGAGAUAGGUAAAGCGAGUUUGGAAUAA